CAGUGACGACAAUCAGACGCGCCAGCAACUGCACGAGCGCGGAGGGUUGUGAAAACAAGCAGCGAGGGGUCAGGAUGAUGGGAGCUCAAUGUCACGGAGCGUUACACCGCGGAGAAUCACCAUGAAACCACUACAGUCGUGAGAUAAGGACAUUAAAGCUUUUCUGCAAGGAGGUAGCCUGAGACGUCUUGGAGCAGUUCUUAAAUCUCCCGCAACCUCUCUUGUUUAAUUUCAAGAUGUACAGAACUCUGGUGCUGGUGAUGCACCCUGUAUGCUGCCACAGCAUCAGAAGCAGAUCCUGUUUGCAUAAAGCAGCAUUUGCCCACAGGCGACCCUUUAGCUUCUGUGUUCCUGCGGCUCUUGUGCUUCAAAGAAGGGCCUACAGCCUAGACUCUCUCUCUUCUGGCCCUGGUCGGCCCACACUUGGUUCCAGUUCACAGCAGUCACACACGGAGAGGACGUCCCCUUCUACAGCACUCACACACAGGAAUCUGUCGGCUGUGGCUUUACAGGGCCAAAGUCGUCAAUUGUGCCAAUAUGACUUUCUGGAUCUAGGGGAGGUUGAUGAAAAUUUGCGCCGUGCUCAGUCCGGUAAAAAGAACAGUCGCCUUAUUGUGGAUCCACACCUGGCUAAACUGGUAACACAACAUCUAGAACCAGAGGAUGCUAAAUGUGUUAUCCUUGAUUGUAACCCAGGUCCUGGGGUGUUGACAAGGUCGCUGUUAAAUGCUGGAGCUCAGAGAGUUGUGGCCCUUGAAGGCGAUAAGCACUUCCUUCAUGAUCUACAGGAGUUGGAGGGUAAUCUCAGUGGUCAGCUGGAGGUGGUUCACUGUGACUACUUCAGAAUGGAUCCUUUUGGCAAAGGGAACAUGAAGCCCCCUGUCACGUCCUCUGAAAAAUUAUUCACUGAUCUGGGAAUAUCAGAAACCAGCUGGACAGAUGACAUACCAGUGAAGGUGUUUGGUAUCCUGGCCCCGCAUCAGGAGCGCAGCAUGCUGCUGAAGACGGUUUAUGCUUUGUUUGAAAGGCUGUCUGUCUACAGAUACGGAAGAAUAGAGCUCAAUUUCUUCAUCAGUGAGAUGGAAUACCUGAAAUUGAUGGCACGUCCAGGUAACAUGUUGAACUACAGAGCCUUCAGUGUCCUCUGGCAGAUGGCCUGUGAUAUUGAACUAUUACACAAGGAGCCAAGGGAGUCAUUUGUGAUGUCAAAAUCUAGUAAAAAAGGAAAGAUUCCCAAUGAUCACAUGUGCCUGGUGCGUCUGCGUCCAAGGGCUGAUCUGUUCUCUGGAGGCCUCACUCCCUCUAAUGCUUCAACUCUGCUGAUGAUGGUCAAACAGUGUCUGGCUAGGAGGAAGGUCAAGCUCAUUGACCGAUUGAACCUGUGGUCACCGGAUAGUGGGAGUAAGCUGUUAUCUGAAGUGGGAAUGCCGGAUGACAUUCUGACGGGUUACGUUUAUCCAGAGGAAUACCUCCAACUGUUCCAGUUGAUGGACAAGAGCAAGCAGUUUACACAGAGCUGGCUCUAUGAGGAGAUUCUGGAGAACACACAGAGGGAAGGUUGGGGGUAAAAUCCAUGGUCACAUGAAGCGAAUCAUGAAAUUACAUCACAAAAAUGUACAUACAUACUCAUAUGUAUAACAACGGUAUAAUCUUAAAAUAAAAGAUGUGGUACCAUUUGGGACAUGCAUAGAAAUUGUUAUUUAAUUUGGCACAGCCUGGACUGCACAGCCUGAAAUUAUGAAAAGAACCAGGAUUCCCCUGAAUCAAGAUUUGAGUCAAAUACUAUAUCCAAGAUGGUUUAUUUUUGGCUUUACGUUAGGAGUACCCUGGAGGUCUGCGACCCAUAGCUUGGCAGUUUGUGAAAACAUUUGCAAUAAAUUAUGUUUAUAUUGCCUUAUCAGGGAGGACAACAGGGAAGGAAAUAUUCAGACUUCUGGAUGCUUUCAUGACUGAAAGUGAGACUGAGCUGGGAACAUUUAGUGGGGUUACCGCACAUAUAAAGAUAACCCGAAUAUAAUUACUUCACAGUUUAUCAGCAAACCGAUAUUUUCCAUCGUUUUUAUCUCAGCUGUGUCUGCACUUUAUUUUUUAUGAAUUAAUAAAGUCUGUUUUAUCAACUCUCCAGGGAGAUUGAUACCUCGACAUGACACACUGUUGUAUCAAUUUAAAGUGUGAUAGCUCUUUUGUAGAAAAGUUUUGCAGCGGCCUGGUGGGUGUUAAUGAGAGAUGAAAAAACACAACGCGGGGGGGGUUCUUUGAAAACUUUAUCUUCUGUAAAGGUUCCUUUUUGUAAGCAAUCCACUUUCUAUCAUGAGAAAGAAAUAAAGGUCUUCAAGUAGCUAAACCAUUUAACACAAAAUGGCAGCAUGUCCAAGGAGGCUAUAAAAUGUGUCAUGUAACAAUUCAGCAUGUAUCUCAUGGUUAUUUUCCAAACUUACAUCUUGAGGGGAUUAUUAGUGCAGUAACUGCACCGCUGACAGGAUUGUUCAAAGAAUUCAAGUUUUUCACUGUAUAGAUUUGUGUAAUUUUUGCAUUUUCCUUGUGAAUGCAUAAUCUUUGUACAUGUUUAAAAAUGUUAUGUCUCUAAGAAGAGUAUAAGCUGUGUGUCUUAUAAUAUUUAAACAAAUGAAUAAAUCAGAGUUUUGACUGUUGA